AUGGAUCCCGACGACCUUGCUAUUGCAUUGGCUAGGGCCAAGACUGAUAAAUCCGACCAGACCGGCGGUAGUAGCUCUGAAACCAACCUUACGGUUCACCCAAAUCUACCUCUACCAUCUAUUCUUAAACCUCCGAGAGGCACCAAUAAAUCGGGCUACAAAUAUAAAUAUCCUGAAGCUGCUCCAACUCCCGAAGGCGAAGAUGACGAUGAAUGGAAUAAAGUGUACACGGCUGCGGAUUCUCGGUUUUACAAUAAACAUGGGAAAAGCUCCCAAGCCUCCAAGAAGUACCGCCAAUCGGGAGAGACCUACGAACUUGCCGUUGCCAUGAUUGCUGAUAAGAAGCAAAAGGCGCGCAAUGAUUAUAUUUCACAGGCUGCAGAAUUGGCGGGGGGUGGCGGUGGCUCUGGCGGUGUUGCUAUUCUGCCGCCCAAGACCAUAACCCCAAAACCCAAAGCACAGACAAAGAAGGUGCAACCUCCUCCGAGCUUGAAGCAGGAAUUGUCUACAAGUUCACGGGACGGAACGCCAGGUGCGGAUAGGAUGCCUCUCAGCAUAUCAGAGCAAAUAAAGCAAGAAGGGCGUCCUAGAAAGGCCCCCUCUGCUGCACCAUCCUCCCAUCAGGGCACGCCUGCUCCAUCCACUGCAUCGAAGGUAGACAGCCCUCCGUCAAAGAUCGAGAAGCCCCCUCCCCCAAAGGCGGCUGUUAAGAAGAAGGGUACUGCUGCAGCGGUGAGGAAGCCGACGAAGCAAUCGCAAGAAAACAAGUUCUCCAAGCCAGCUGGGAAAGGCGCAAGCCCUAGACCUGCCAAAAACAGUCUGGUCUCGUCCGACUCCGAAAGCAAUGAUGGCGGAGAGUACUGUGUUUGUCGCGGUCCCGACGAUCACAGAAUGAUGGUCAACUGCGAAGGAGGAUGUAAUGAAUGGUACCACUGCUCGUGUAUUGGCAUGGACGUAGAGGAUGCAAAGGAACUCCUCGACCGUUACAUUUGUCCAAAAUGCAAGUCAGCCGAGCUGUUCACUACCUGGAAGCGCAUGUGCCGAUACAACAACGUUGGAGAACACCUCAGCUUGCGCGAACCUUGCCGAAGGGCCGCCCGUGUUACGGAGGAUCCUCCAAGCAAGUAUUGCAGUGAUGAACACAGAUUGGCGUUUAUGGAAUUUAUUCGGGAUCACAUGGCUCGUCAAGAUAAUGCGCCGUCUAUGGGGGGCAAACUCAAUGUUCAAGAAGUGGCUGAGAUUCUUACACACGUCAAAAGCAACGCCGAACUCCAAUCUCUGGGCAAGAAACCACGCCUACCAAUCCCAGAAGGUGCUGAUCCAACACGUCCCAUUGGACUUGAUUACAUCACCCCUGAGGAAGAAGAGGAAAUCAAAACCUUGGAGCUUAAGAAGCAAAAGAUCCAAACCCAAAUCGAAGGCUACAGAAACCAACAAAAACUCCUCGUCAUGAUCCACGAGCGUGCCCAAGCCGCCGCCAAGCACCCCUCAGUCGACGAAAAAGCCGUCUGCGGCUACGACAACCGCCUCGCCUUCAACGAGCACGAAUUCGCGCACUGGCUUUCCACUGCCGAGGGGCAAUCAGCAUUCGAGACGCAGAAACUAGGUCCGCGUACCGACGAAUCCAAGACUAUAGGCGCGCGUCAACCACAGCCAAUACAAAAAGCAGACGUGCCUGAUGAGUUGCACAAUAUCUGUCUCAAGAGCAUGAAGAGCUGUGCCCGACAUAAGGGCUGGCGCCUCAUCCACGGCCAGGAUUAUGCGGCUAUGACGGCGUAUCUGCAAAGGGAGUGGGAGAGGUGUGAGAGGAAGAAGGGAGAAGUUAUCGAUGAUGCGGAGACGAGGGAGGCGGCGAGGGAGUAUCAUGCGCAUAAUACUGUUGAGCAGCUUUUUUAG